AUGUCCGACUCCGAAGAACCCAUCGAUAUUGCCGACGAGGGAGGUGACGAUCUCUUUGGAGAUGACGGCGAUGACGCGCUUUCAGACAUCGAGAAUGUCGUGAGCGACCGGGAGAUUGUGUCGGAUAGGGAAGACGACGAGGCAGACGCGCCGCGCCGGGACGAUGAUGAAGAGCCUCGCGAAUUCCGCGAGAAGCUGGUUUCCGAGGUUCCUUUGUAUCGGCACCGCACACCGCGCUCCAAAGACGGCGAUUUGCACACCCUCCGCGUACCCGAUUUCAUCAAGUUCAACCCGAUGGAAUACAAGGCCGACGAGUGGCAACCCAGCGAAUGGGACCUCGAAAACGCCAACUCCGAGAACCCGAUCCCCUCGAUAAUGUGCCGCCGCGAUCCCAAAACCGGCCGCAUCCAGAGCAACGCCAACAUGUAUCGCUGGAGCGACGGCUCCGUCACGCUCGCCAUUGGCGAUGAACACUACGAGAUCCAGAGCAAACGGCUCGCCCCGCCGCCCAACAAGCCCUACCGCGACGACCACGCGCUGGAGCGGCUGAUGGCGGACCUGGCGGGCGCCAAGAAGGACCGCGGCUCCGAGAUGAUCAUCGUCACCAACGAGGACCCGGAGCUGCUGAAGAAGCAGGCCGAAAUGGCCGAGAAGGAACGCAACAAACUGCAGCGCCGCCGCGAGACGGCCGCCGCCCGCGCCGACGGCACCGGGGCCCGGUACAAGGGCGGUGGUGCGCUGUCCGUCGGCGACCUCGAGGGCCGGCGCGGUGCGGGAGCCGGGAGGAAGCGCGGUGCUCCGGGUGGUGCCAAACAGAAGCGCCGUCGGCCCGAGUACGACUCGGACGACGACCUGCCGAGCGGCACGCGCCGGACGGAUAACUAUGACAUGGAGGAUGGGUUCUUGGUGGACAGCGAGGAGGAGAGUGAGGCGGUGGAGGAGGACGAGGAGGAAGAAGAGCUGCUAGAUGAUGAAGAGGAGGAGGACGAGCGACCGCGGGCCAAGCGCCAGAGGACUGCCGAGCCGGACGAGGAUGCCGAGGGCGAUGAGGACGGCCCGAGUCAUGCUGACGCUUCGAGGAGCCGUAGACGGCGCGUCAUCCAGGACGAUGAUGACGAGGAAGAGUAG